AUGACUAAUCAAGUAGAUCGAGUGGUUUUAAUAACAAAGUCUAAGACUCCCACGUCAACUGUACUCGUAGUCGAACGCCAAGCCGACAACAACAAUGAGCACAAUGAAAAAAACGAAUAUCUGGCUGGCGGAGAACACAGUGGCAUCGUGAUCAGCAAAAUUGGGAAAUACGAUGUUCAAGACGAAACACCUGAAGACACAUCGGUGCAGUUCUGCGUGUUUCUGGUUAAUGGUCAAACGGGAUUACACACCAAAGAAAGACGUACCAUAAGAUUUUGGUGUAAUGGAGAUAGAACGGUGGACGCCUCAGCAGUGGCGUCUCAAUUCUUUCAAGACUUGGUGUUACCAGAUCAAUUUCCUCUUGAUUAUGUUGGUUUCGUAAAAAGAUUACUGACUUUAAUGCACAAAGGCUACAAAUGUGUAUCAAAACUCGAAAUCGAAUUAAAGGAGCUGGAAAGAACGGCAGUAAGACCUGUAAAUCAAGUUUCUGUCGAAGGCUCGAAAUUAAAUUUGGAUAUAUCACAGACUAAAUUACGUGAAUUGAUCGAAUCUUCAUAUCCUAACCCACUAACUAUUGACGAUAUUAACAAAAAACACGGAUGGAAGAACUCAGACAUAAAGGACAAUUUAGAGAAACUUCAACAGUCUGGAAUCGUUAAGCCUGUCGACGGAGGCUACACCAGAGUCGUCCUCCACGACAAGAUUGUAGAACAAAUGCCUGUCAUUCAAUAUAAUCGGCAACCAACUGUUGCCAUUAUCACAGCGGAGUAUUGCGAAAAAGUAGCCGUUGAUAUUUUAAUCGAGAACAAAGAAACAUUUGUACGAUACACCACUGUCGGAGAAUCAAAUGUUUACACAAUAGGAAAAAUGGGAAAUCACAGUGUAGUUUGUACCAAACUCCCCGCAUUGGGUCUAAGCAGAGAAGCUAAAACGGCAGCCGGAAAUGCAAUAACUCGCUUAUUAGGAACAUUUCAAAAAGUCGAACACGUCUUUGUAUGUGGUGCUGGUGGUGGUGUACCACAUUAUACAAGCUAUGACAAGCAUGUAAGACUAGGAGACGUAGUCGUUUCUCAUUGUGGAAACAACCAAAAAGCCGUUUAUACGUACUGCAAAAAUGUCUCGAAUGAAAACGGAGACAUGAAAUUCCAUUGUCAUCAAUAUAGUCCGAAAAUAUUUGAUUUACAAAUAGCUGCUAUGAAAUUACAAACGGAAGUGAAAUCGAUUGACAAAAAACCAUUGUGGGAUAUAUAUCUAAGCGAAGGUUUGAAUAGGAUUGAAAAACAAAAAACCGAUAGUGAAUCCGAUUUUAACCGGCCGCCAGCAGAUUCGGAUAAACUUCAAAUGUACAUCGGAGGAACAGAACUAAUUGAAAUUACUCAUCCCGUUUGCAAUGACAAGGAUAAUAAUUUAGGCACAAGAAUACACGUAGGUCCCAUUGGUGGUGGUCUGAGUGCUGGAUCCAAUGCAUUUAUAAGACAAAAAUUUGCUGCCGAGUACAAAUUACUGGCUAUGGAUUCAGAAUUUGACUCUGUUAUGGGAUCACUAAUGGGAAACUAUUGUCAUUCUUAUGCUAUUGUCAGAGGAAUUUCUGACUAUAAAGAUGGAUCGGUAAAAAACAAGUGGCAACCUUACGCCUCUUUGGCCGCAGCAUCUGUUAUUAAAGCAAUAUUAUCGAUAACCAAUGUAUAA